AUGCGUGACUGUGAUCAGAGUUCACCUGUGCUAUCGGUGAAGGCGGGAGUUGAAGAGGGAGACUAUUCAGGAGUCAUGAGGUGUGCCAGGGAGCAGAGAAGAGCCCAGGCGGAGGAGCUGGCGCGGUGCCGUGAGGCGGCAAUGCCGGCCUGGGGCUUGGAGCAGCAUCCGCGGGGAGCAGAGAACCCACGAGGCGGUAGGGGGCUGUGUUCCUGGAGGCUGUCCAUGGAGCAUGCUGCCAAUAACAAGUUGCCAGCCUCCCAGCUGAGCCUCAGGCAUAAAGUGGAUGAGCAUGAACAAGAUGGCAACGAGCUUCAGACCACCCCCGAGUUCCGAGCCCACAUAGCCAAGAAGCUGGGAGCCCUGCUGGACAGCUCCAUCACCAUCUCAGAAGUAGUGAAGGAGCCAAGGACAGCUAAGGAGCACAAGGUGGCCUCGGAGGAUGGUGAGGACAGUGACGAGGAGUGGCAGUGGUGCCAGGAGGCAGCCGUGUCGGCCUCUGACGUUCUCCAAGAGUCAGCCAUCCACGUUCCAGUCAAGCUGGAGAAGGAGGCCAAGAAGAGGAAAAGGAAGCUGAGAAAGAAAGCCGACCAGGGGGCAGGCGCUGGUUCAGCCACAGCCGCCAGCCCCGCCCGCGGGACCGCAGUCCAGACCCAGGAAAAGACACAGGCCAGCGGGGACCAAGUAUCACCGGGGACCAAAAAGAAGAAAAGGAAGAAAAAGGCAAAGAAACCCAGUGAGGUGUCGCCAUUUCCAGCAGCAGAGAGUGAGGCCCCCAUACCUGCAAACUGA